AUCUUCUUGCGGGGUGAUGAGCAGUCUUCGUCGGAGGCUGCAGUGUGCAGUAAAUCUCUUAUGAUUAGCUGCGAGAUGUGAACUAUGACUGCGCAUCCAUAGAUCUACAUUAAUUCGUGAUGUGAAUUCUUAUAAACUCAAAGUGUUUCUACUUCGAUUUAUGUAACGUUAUCAUUAAAUAUUUUUAUUCAUGAGAUAUGAGGUAUUUCCGCCAAACAUGAAGAUAAUCUAAUCAUUUGGACAGAUUUUGUGGCGUUGCUGAUAACGAUCUGUAUCAUCAGAGGAUAUCUGUAUAGGAUCUGCUACAUCAGAGCACAUGUGAGCACGUGUAAAGCAAUCGAGCAGUGUAUAGUUAUUGUGUAAUGUACGUGCGCAAGUGUGGCGUAUCGUAACUGUAUAAAACAAAAUGAAAAUUAAAAAAAUAAGGAAACUGAAACGCAAAAAGAGGUACAAUGCGAAUGUAAAUCGAAAAAGGCAACGAGAUAAGCUCCGAAGACUGCCAAAUAUUCCCUGUGCUGAAAUAAAGAACGCAUGGGAACACACGAAAUCUAUUCGUACCAACUUGAAAGAAAUGGGUUUGUCAUAUGAUCCAAACAAAAAGACACAACUUCUUAACGUGAAACAUGAAAUGCUAAAGGCAGCUGAGAGAAAAAUAACAGAAAAUGAUAAUUCGUCGGAUGAAGACGAGAUGGAUGCGACUCCAUCAAAAAAUUAUGUAGCAGAGAAAUUAGAAGCUGAAGCAAAAGCACCUAAACACCGUCGUCUCAAACUACCAAAAGGACAAGCACAGUUCCUUACUUAUUUAUUAAAAAAAUAUGGUGAAGAUUAUAAGGCAAUGGCAAAAGACAAAAAGAACCACUAUCAACUAACUGGGAAACAAAUCCAAGCUAAAAUAAAACAAUUUCAAGGCAUUUCAGAACAAUAUAACGAAUACCUUGAAGAUAAUAAUAUACAAUUGGAAUCUUAAUUUGCAUAUUGUAUAUACUGUUUAUAUCUUGAUUAAAAUAAACAA